UCAUAGAAACUCGGUGGCGGAUCCAGAGGGGAUCGAACUCCCCCCCCCCCCUUUCGUCAGAAUAUUUUGCGUAAAAAAGGUAAAAAUGACACAUUUUGAGGAUGAACACUCCCCCUCCCCAUUGAAAACCAAAAUUUAACGGUACACCCCCUUUCAACAAUUCCUGGAUCCGCCCCUGAAACUUCAAUACAUACACCAUGGAGGCAGAGAUAAUAUUUUUUAAAAACGAGGCAAUGGGUUGGAGGAGAGAUGGAUCCCAUAUACCCUAUACAUUUUGAAGCUUCGACGAUUGUGGAAAUACUUUGCAAUUCAGUUUUGAUAUAUGUAUUGAUAUGCUGUAUCCAUUUAUUUAUUGAACAGAUGGAUAUUGAUCAAGACCCAUGGAUCAAAACUUCACAAAGAGCCCCACCUAUUAAAGCGGUGAGAGGCAAAUACAGGAAAACUCCACCCUCGAGUUCCUCCGUCUUGAAGAGAAAGUCCUCUUUCCAGCCUAAGAAUGAAAACCUAGUGAAAAAGUUUAAAGACGUUGAUGAAUAUGGCCGAUCAGUAGAACCUAUGGAUGUUGAUCCUGGAAACAAAUUUCACUUGGUUUGUCAGUCUUCACAGUCAGGCUCGCAUUAGGCCAGAAAAAAUGUUUACAAGUACGGGUCUACGGUUUGUUGUUUGACCGAUGGUGAUGACUGGAAGUUGUUUUUUUUCUUCUUAAAAAAUCAAACUAAAGUUUGUAUUGUCACUAACUAGCAGCCAGUAAACCUGUAGAAGCUAGCAAAUAAUGGGUAAUUCAUCAAAGUACGAAGAGUAUUGAUAGUAAAUAUUCAUUUUCAACCAAUUGAAGCUUUCUUUACGAGUAAACUCAAUAUUGUCCACAAAAAAAUGAAUUUUUAGUGCAAAUCACUGUCUUGAAAUUAAUAUUUUGUGUACAAAUUCAAUUUUGUCUCAUAAAAUUGGGAUCUGGGUUAGAAUAGUUUCUAGUACUCUUACCUGCAGAAUUGUAGCUCUCUUGAGAAAAUAUGAAGACAGAUCAGAGAGCUACAGAUCCACCCCUUAUAAAAACCUUGAACUUACGGCGCACAAAAAAAUGCUCACGGUUGAGGUCUCAUAUCGUUGUAUUCUUAUAUUGCCUCUCAUAAAUUCAAUAUAAAAAAAUUCUAACAUAUUUUCCUACUAUACUUGUGUCCAAACAUACCUUCAAAUAUUCAUUGAAGCCCUCUCCAAAGGCUGUAAACAUCGAGAAAAGGCCUAUAUUUUGCAACCCUUCACCGGCAAUGGUGUCGUCUCCAUAUCGGUGAAAAAUUCUCGUUAAACAAUAUAAAAUCAUAUUAUCAAUCUCACAAAAUUUAUUUGUUAUCCAAUUUGCAUAUUAGUUAAUAAAAGUCAAUUUUGUAUGCAAAUACGUUUAUAUUUGCAUACCUAAUUGACAAAAAUGAAUUUUGUCAAGACUGAAAUGCUUUUUGUCCACUGAAAGAUAAUUUUGUAUAUUAAAAUUUAUUUUUGUCAUUACAAAAAUGAAGUUCUCAUAAAACAAGUAUGUAUAACAUAUUUUUGUAAGACAAACAUAAUUUUGUUAGGACAGAAUUCAAUAUUGUUUACACAAAAAAUUAUUUUGAUUACAAAAAUUGGCACCCCAUAGGUAUGAACAACCGCAAUUUCAUUUAUAAAAUCAUUGUGAAUAAGUACUGUUAAUUCCAUCUUCAUAAAUCAACAAGUAUAAAGUGUGCACAUACCGACGUCAAAUACGGCCUUUCCUCACUCAGAGAAAUGGAAAUGCUUCCAAAUUGUUUAACUCUGAAAGUUCGGUUUUUCUCUCUCGAGAAUCUUUCAUGAUAAUUACAAUAUGUAUAUUCUUGUUUUCAUCAAUCUACAUAUCUGUGUUAGGAAGUCAUAUAUUGUUUAAAAGGACCGGUCAAUCUUUGGUUAUCUAGUAUGCUUUACUCUUUAGGUGAACAAAGUUGCCCAGAGAUGUUACCGUGAAUAUGCAUUUUAUUCUUUAGUUGAUUUUUAAGAAAAUACCGGUUUGAAAUAUCCCAAUUUUGUCUUAAUACAAAUGUUUGGUACAGGUAAUCUCGACCAGUAAUGUGAUACUUUUCCUAAAUAGCUGGUAUAUAUUUUCUGCUAGCUGGUAUAUAUUUUCUGCUGUUCAUUGGCUGCUAGCUUCAGUGUGUUAUGAAACGGACCAAACUGUAGAAGAUAUCAAAAGUAUUGUAACACUAUUUUUGUAAAAUUAUAGAAUAUUUGAAUUUUAUACCUUGUUUUUUAUGAAAUGCAUUUGUUAGAUUAUAUACAGGAUGUGUUUUUGUACAAGAUACUUUUAUAGAGUUGUAAAGUUAUGUUAAAUUGGUGGAUUUUUUUUUCCUGCCAUUGGUACAGUGUAUAUGUAUUCUGAAAUAGUACUCCAUUCAUCAAGAAAAUGUUGUUGUGUUGAAUUCAGUAAUAUGAAUUCUUGUUGAUAAAGAAUUGAUCUCUACUAUUACUUUCCAUUUAUCAUUGGACUGUGUCGUUAUUGAUAAAAACUGUUUUUGUUGAAUGUUGUAACACGAAUUUUUGAAUAUAUGAUAAAGAAUAAAUCUCUACUUUUA